AUGAUCAGCGCGGAAGAGGAGCAUCGCUCUGGCCCUGUGGAGCUACUUCGUGGACAUGGGCGCCGAAGCGGCUGGACUGGGCUUGUUUCUAUGAGCGCUCUUCAACAUGCUAUGACUCUUAGGAAGGAGAGGGUUGACGAAUCCGGCACGCUAAAGUCCGAUGAGAGACGAUCAAGUGUGACGGCACCGCUCGAUUGGCAGGUUACCAGCCUAUUUUCCUAG